UAUUUGAAAGUUACUUUGCAAUUCAUUCUAGAUAUUUGAUAUACCUCCUACCUAAAUUUAUCCAAAUUCAAAGUUCCGUUUACUCCCUCAAAGUCACUGACAAUUUUUAUGCAUUCAAAUUCCUGAUACUCAAUCCUUUAACAUUUUCACAAUAGUUGUCCAAACACUGACAUGUGUUGUUAACGAAUGGCUUGAUGGGUUGAGGAUGCUUCAUCCAUCACUGUGUUGUGAUGCUGGAAGUCUACAGACAGGUUCAGAAGUUCAUAGCCUUCAGUAUCUUUCAGUUACUGAAAAAAACAAAUAGCACACAUCCAUUCCACUUCAAGCAGAAUGGGUUAAUUAGUAGUGGUUUAAGGAGUGGGUGAAAACCUCUGUACAUAAUAACGUCAACCUUCUCUUUUUCUCCUGUACAGAAAUAAGUGUGUUAUAAUUGACACAGGAAAAGCCCACCUCCCUUGUUAAAAUGUACUCUCCUUUUUAAGACUCCUUGAUAUCAGUUUCAUCGGAAUUUUGUUCAAAGACAAUUAAAUUUUCAAAAUCCAAAUUUUCUUAUCACUUGGAUACUUUCACGCCACAGUACAUUUACAUUGAGCAAAUUUUAUCAUCUGGAAUUGAAGAUUCACUCGUAUUAAAUAAGUAUUUGGAAGUUCAGUCUAGCCAGAAAAUGGAAUUUCAAAAGUGAUAAUUUCCAAUUAUCGUGUUAUAGAGAACUGUACAGCAUGGAAAAGGGAUAAAUUUUUUACCAAAUUACCAACAAGCCAAAUUUUUAAAUGAACAUUUUGUCACAGAUUUUUGCUUUGCACAGCCACUGAUAGUUUCUUAAAAGGACAUUACAUUAACCAUGCAUGGUCCACACUGAUAAGGCGCACAUCACAAUUUCAAAUCACCAUAUAUUCCCAAAAUGCAAACUAAAUUCAAAGCAUUUCCAGAUUUCAAGCUCCAGAGAAUAAAAACAGAAAUAUUACAGAAAAAAACAUUUAACAACCAAUGAACAAAGUUACAUUCAAACCAGACCACAAAGAGUUAACACUUAGUUGAGGAACGCAACACCAAAAGCUGGUCUCCCUCUCUCUCUCUGUCUCUCUGUUUCUGUCUCCUUCACAGCCAUUACAAUUGCUCCUAGGUCUUUAAGUCUCCCCUUUUGGGGUGGUGGUGGGGUAAUUCUUUGUCUCUCAUGUUAGUUAGCGCGGGGUCAUGUCUGUGCCAGUCAGUCCAUUCAUAUUUGUAUUCCAUUCUUCCCCCUUUUACAGUUCUUUUCUGGGUCCGGGCUUUGCAUUGCACGGUCAGUAAAGGGGCUAAACAGGGUUCCACGCUGUUGCUGGAGUCAGUGGAGGGUUCAGUUUUCUUUCCUUUUUGUAUUUCAUUUUCCAGUUGUCUUAGUGAGGGGUAGAGUGAUCUUCUAACGGGCUCUAAGAUAGUAGAGUUAGAAGGGGUUGGUUGGAAAUCUAGAUUCUUUUGUCAGGGGAUUGGCUUCUGUUCUUCCUGGUUCUUUUUUGUACAUGUCAAUUUCUCACAGUUAGCUUUUCAUUAGCUUUUCAGGUCUGUUUUGUUUUUCCUGUCAUGACUUACCUUGUGUAUUAUCUCAUUCCAUUAUCAGAUUUGUUCCACUAAGUUCUUUUAAAAAUGGAGGGACAUAAGAAUCAACGGAUGGUGAAAAUCCUGUUGAUCACUAUGCCGAUCUCUGUGACCACUGUUCUGAUUAUGAAUCUGGCAGGGUCCAAGUAUCUCCAUCUAAAUCCUGGAAAGAAGUUUGGGAUUGUGCUUGAUGCUGCAUCGACAUAUACUUCGAUUUAUCUUUACCACUGGCCUAUGAACAAAAUGAAUGGAACCGGGGUUGUCAGUCAGCUGUACAAGUGUGACGUUGAUGAGGGGAUCUCCAGCUUUGCCAACGACCCAGCAAAGGCUGGCCAGUCACUCAGGCCGUGCUUAGACAAAAUGCUAAAGUAUAUUCCACCAAAGGAAUUCCAGGAAACCAACAUCUAUCUGGGUGCUACCGAUGGCAUGCGUUUACUCGAAUUGCAAAACCGGUCACAGUCCCGGAUAAUUCUUGAUGUAGUUCAGAAAACUAUUCAAUCCUACCCAUUUCAUUUUUGCGAGGCUUGGAUUCUCACAGGAGCACAGGAGGGAGCCUUUGGAUGGAUCACUGUGAACUAUCUUCUGAAAUCCUUCCUCCAGUAUUCCUGGGAAGGUAUCUGGAUUCACCCAGAACCUAUACAGACUUAUGGAUUGCUGGACCUUGGGAGCUUAUCCACUCAACUGACCUUUAUCCCAAACAAUGUCUUCCGGAAUAUGCCUGCGAAGAUGAAUAUCCACUUGUAUGGCUACAAUUACACCAUCUACACUCAAAGCUACCCAUGCUAUGGCCAACAGCAGUCUAUCAGAAAGUACAUUGCCACAUUAUUAAAGGGGAAAGAUUUAAAUACUCGAAUCGAGAAUCCAUGCUAUUUGAAAGGGUAUGAGACAAUGUUGACUUUGGACUCCAUCUUCGGUAAUCCAUGCACCUCUACCCAGAAGCCAUCACCAUAUAACGGGACUCAAAAUUUCACUGUGUUUGGAUCAGGAGAGCCAGCUAAAUGUAGCCAAGGGCUCAAGGCGAUUUUCAAUUUCACAGCGUGUGGAAGGAGCACCACCUGCUCAUUUGACAGAGUCUAUCAACCUGCAAUUCAUGGGAACUUCUAUGCCACCUCAGAAUUUUUCCAUGUCUUCCAGUUUUUGAAUUUAACUUUGAUGAGGCCAAGUCUGUACAAGACCAAGAGGACAAUUGAAGAAUUCUGCACCCGGAACUGGAUAGAGGUGAAUGCUGCAUACCCAAAUGAGAAGCAUGAGCAACUGAGAGACUACUGCAUUUCAGCAAACUACAUAUAUAUUUUGUUAGUCAAUGGCUAUAAGUUUAACUCCAGCACCUGGGAGAAUAUAGUUUUUGAUAAGAAGAUUGGACAGACAGACAUCGGAUGGACCCUUGGCUACAUGCUGAAUCACACCAAUAUGAUCUCUUCCAAACCUCCAGAGAAAAUAAAGACUCAGUCUAAUACCGUCUGGUCUUCUGUCUCUUCUCUCCUUGGACUGACCACUUUAUUGUCUGUGUUGCUCAACGCGAUUCAUUUUAAACAAAAAGAUGAAUCGAAAAUCCAACCACUUGCUGGGAAAUUGGAUUGUGGCUAUUGACUUCAAGAUUUUAGGUGAUCACUGAUGGGGAGGUACAACUGUAAUAACUGUAAUAAAUUACCCUGUUGUUUGCAAAGGAAUCUGAUGGUCAUAAUAUUUAAUUUUAAUUCAGUAUUUAAUUCAGUAGCUUUCCAAAUGAGCGUGUCAUCUACACUUUAUAUUUAUUGUCAAUAGUGCCAGAUCACAUUCCCCAAGUGGCAACACCUCAGCAUCAAGAGUCAGGGAUCUUUGGAUGAGGGAAGGUGAUGGCCUACUGGUAAUAUCACUAGACUUUUAGUCCAGGAACUCAGUUAAUGUUCAGGGGACCCAAAUUUAAAUCACAAAAUCCUUACACUGUGAAAGCAGGCCAUUCUUCCCAUCCAGUCCACAC